CGUGCAAACUUAAGUGUGGUGCGAAAAUUAAAACUAUCGAGCUUCGUGAUGGCAAACAUACAAUUGAAGAGCACUGCUCAAUACCUCAAUAUUGUCAUGGUCCUGAUCCCGUAUCUAUUGAAGUCAAAAAAUAAAAGAAAAAAUUAAAAUUAUCGCACGUAAUUCCAAUCAAGAAAAAGCUAUUCAAAUUUACCAAACAGCAAUUGCUAGCACUUCAAAAAUAAUAUCUAGCUCGGUGAGCAAAGAAUCAGUUAAACAAAUCAUUAAACGACAAAGAAAACCUAUUUUAGAAUAUAAAGAACCACAAUUUCUCGAAGAAAUUAAUUCACCUAUAUCACUAUGUAAUACACUAUGUGGUGGUUCAUUUUUGGUAAAAAAAACCUCAGAUAUUUUACUAUUUACAACAAUUGAAAAUUGUAAGAUUCUACAAGAAUCAAACUGCUGGUUGGGUGAUGGUACGUUUAAAGCUUGCCCAAAACUCUUUUAUCAAGUAUAUGUAUUACAUACUUUGAUUAAAAAAGGUACACAUGAAAUAUUUGUCCCUCUAGUGUUUGCUUUAAUGACCGGUAAAAGUCAAGAAUUAUAUACUCAAAUGUUCUCUUUAAUUAAUGAGUACUGUAUAGAAAAUAAUAUAAAUGUAACAACGAAUACAAAUUCAGAAAUUGUGACGGAUUUUGAAAAGACAGCUAUUAAUUGUAUAAAUGAAACAUUUCCAUUCGCAAUCCAUUCAACUUGCUUUUUUCACUUUUCUCAAAAUAUUUAUCGAAAAAUUCAAGAAUUUGGCCUUUCGUCAAAAUAUACAAACGAUGUUGAAUUUAAUUUACUUACCAAACGUUUACCAGCUAUGGCAUUUCUUCCCAUUAAUAUGAUACAAGAAAGUUGGAUACUUUUAAAAUCACUUUUUGGAGAUACUGAUGAAAAAAAAAAUUUGUUAAAAUAUUUUGAAGAAACAUAUGUCAUAGGAAAAAGCGAAAUUCGUUUGAGAGGAAAACCCAAAAGAGACAAUUACAACCCACCUUUCUUCCCUCCAGAAAUGUGGUCAGUGUCAGAACGAUUAAUCCAAGAUUUACCUAGAACCACAAAUACGGCAGUCAUGGCACAGAAAAAUAAAUAGAAUAAUAUCGCCUUAUCCUGGUUUACAUAAAUUCAUACAAUUACAAAAAGUUCAAAAUGAAACUGAAGUGACAGUAGAGUUGUUAGUUUGUGGACGACCAACGAAAAAGAUAAAAAAAGUUAAUAUCGAAUUGAAUUUAAGAUUGAAAUAAAUUCAUGCACGUCUUAUUUCAAACGAAAAUUACGAUAAACAAGAGUAUUUACGUGCAAUCACUCAUAAUUCGAAUCUAUAAAUAGGUAUCUAACA